GCUCUGGGGUGGGCCUAGGAAGCUGAGGGUUGGCCACAGCGGGCAGAGGGAAACGGGGUGGGCACAAAGAAGACAGCUGCAUUGCGUGAGCGAAAGGAAUGGGACAUGCAGAGUUGCAAGGGGUCUGGACCUGCCGGCCAGAUGGGGUGUGGCUGGAUGUCAGGGGCCGGGGGCUGCAGGAGGGGCGAGGUGGGCUCCCCUGUGACAGGGCCAGGGUAACAGCCACAGGAAAGCCCAGGACCAGAAGAGCUCAGGGAAAGAGAAGCAUCUAGAAGCACCAGGUCUAACUGUGAGGCCUGUGAUGUAACCUCUGUUAAAAGAGCUGCCGGUGUGUGUGUGUGUGUGUGUGUGUGUGUGAGUGUAAGAGAGGGGGUGUCCCUUUAAGGGGUCCCUGGGAAGGGGGUUCUGGAACCCUGGCUGCCUCACAGAGACCCCGACCUCCUGCCCCCUCCCCCCGCUGCCUCUCUGGGCUCUGUGUCUGCCAGGGCCUGGGAAGCUGGGUGCUGUGAGUGCUUUCGGGGCGGGCCAGGCCUCUGGGCACUCCAGGGGAGGGGGCAGCCGGGUUCGGGGAGCCGGGAGCGGAGGCCAGUCCUGCCGUGUGGCCCCUGCCGCAGGCUGCGUGGCAUGGGCGUGAAACACAGCCUUCAGACGGGCGGCACCUUCCUCAGCUUCUUGGCCAACAUCCUCAAGGUGCUGUCCACCAGCAGCAACUACUGGAUCCGCUACCAUGGCGGCCACAGCGGCCUGUGGCAGGAGUGUAGCCAAGGCACCUGCUCCAACACCCCGUGCCAGACCAUGCUGGCUAUGACUGGGGCAUGCAUGGUGCUGGCCACCGGCUUUGGCGUCUUGGCCACGGUGAUGGGGCUGCGGAUUCUGUGCCAGCAGGACGAGUCGCUGCGGGGCCAGCAAGUGUGCGCAUGCCUCUUCCUCGUCGGGCUGCUGUUGCUGAUCGCCUUGACAGGGUACACAGUGAAGAACGCCUGGAAAAACAACGUCUUCUUCUCCUGGUCCUAUUUUUCGGGGUGGCUGGCUUUACCCUUCUCUAUUCUGGCGGGCCUCUGCUUCCUGCUGGCAGACAUGAUCGUGCAAAGCACGGACGCCAUCAGCAGCUUCCCGGUGUGCCUGUGAGCGCGGCCUGCCUGGUGCAGAAUAAAGGCACAGACUGCAGCCGCGCGGCUCCGCGUGCUUUUCUGGGGGAGCAAGGACACGGGCGUG